AUGGGAGCCAUUGAGGCAGGGUCAACUCCACAGCAACAACCGCAAAUACUCUCUACCCACAGUGUACCCGCGUCUGAGGCGUGGGCCCUCACUAUUGGCGCCCCGAGCGACCUGCCCGCUGCGACCAUCCCUGCGUCCCCAUCCAAUUUUCCCCUGGUUGGAUCGGCGGCCUCGAGGUCUGAGACUUGGAGGCUACUUGAUCAUUACUUGAAAGAUACGGCAAACCGACUCGCAUGUCUGCAGGAUAGCGAGAACCCGUUUCUUCAUACCAUACUUCCCGUUGCACUCAAUGAUGAACUUCUAAUGAAUUCAAUUCUGGCUCUAUCAGGCGUGCACAUGAUGCAGCGGCUGCCUCAUCUGGAUCUCGAAAUGCAGUCGUUGACCUGGUCCAGGUAUACUCGAGCAUUGCAACAACUCAGGGUUGCUUUGUCGGGGGCUUCAAACGAUGGCAGUAAUAUAGAUGCUGCCUGGCGUGCUUUACUAGUUGUCUUAAUAUUCUAUCUUCUAGAGGUAGGUACCGAUUUCCCAUAUCUUCUCAACUUCAAGAUUUUACUCACGCAAGUGAAGGCGACGAGGGGUAAUGACCCAAAAGCCAUGCAGCGACACCUGGAGGGUGCUCAUCAUCUAAUGGCCCAUGUGCGACGCUCUACCGAAAAGCCGAAACAGACCAGUAUUGUCGCGUUUGCAACUGAACUUUAUGUGUACAAUGCCGCCCUCGCAUCAUUUACCACGAACUCUCCACCGGCCCUGACCAUGGCCCCCAGCGUGUGGGCGGACAGUACUGGUGGCCCCGAUGGCGAGAUAGGUGUCCUGUGCGGCUGUGCCUACGAGCUUUUUACCUUUGUACCAAAAGUUUCAACUUUGCUCCGGGACUUUGCAUCAUGUCAGCCCUCAGCAACAUCCGCCAGGAGAGAUCUGAUCCUCGAGUACUACAACUUGAGAGCACAGAUUGACAAAUGGGAGCCCCGCAGCAACAAACAGGAGUUGGUCCUUUGUGCAGAGCUCUACCAGCAGAGUCUUUUACUGCUGCUGGAUUCCCGGUUUACUCACGAUCUUUCCGAUGACAUUAUUGACCAUGCAUUCUGGAAGCUUGCUUCAAUUCUACCGCGCUUGCCACCAAACUCUCCCAUUGCGACCACAGCAACUUGGCCACUUUUUGCUUUUGGAAUACAUGCGCGAAACACACACGAACAGGAGAUGAUUCGGUUGUACUUACAGUCUCUUGUAAAAUUCUUCGGGAUGGGAGUGAUGUCGACAGCGCUGAAUCAGUUAGAGGAACUUUGGAUGGCAGGGCCUGGCCAAGAUGUGAUUAGCAAGUUCUUCACGAACCAGAACGAAUUGCUUUUGAUUUGCUGA